GUCAGAAUCUAGAAGACAUCGCCCUGGAAGUGUGACGUCGCUUUAGCCUGUAUAGGCUAAAAUUACAUUUCAUAGUUUCGAUCAGGAUUUGCACAUCCUGAGGUGUGUCCACUCGAGUCGCAGCCCUGCAUUUCAAACAAGGAGACGAGUAUUUCACCAUGAACUCUGACAUGGAUGGUGACAUGGAAAAUCAGGUGGAGUUGGAGGAGAAGACCAGACUUAUUAACCAAGUCCUUGAGCUGCAGAAUACUCUUGAGGACCUUUCAUCUCGAGUGGAUGCAGUAAAAGAAGAGAACCUCAAGUUAAAAUCAGAGAAUCAGGUUCUUGGGCAGUAUAUCGAGAACCUCAUGUCAGCAUCUAGUGUCUUUCAGACCACUGACUCAAAGAGCAAACGGAAGUAAGAGAGAAACCCUCUCUCCCAAACCCCCUUGAAUAGACCCGCAGUCCCACGCAGACAAACCCUUGCCAUAUCAUCUAAGUUAAAGUUUCCACUGGGACUGAUCUGGUCCCUAUGCCACUAAAAUGGUAAAUGUUUACAUUGGUUUUAUUAUCAGUAUUCGUGGUUUUCAAUUUCAUCUUUUUUGACCAACAUAUUACAUACUAAAACUUAAGAAUAUUAAGAGAUCAAGUUAAAUCUUUAUAGGUAGGUUUUUUUUAUUUUUAUUAAUUUAUAUAUAUAUAUAUAUAUAUAUAUAUAUAUAUAUAUGUUCAGACAGGGGAUGACAUAUUUAAUAAUGUUUUUCCACACAUAUUUCAUUUCUUAUUUAUUGUUGCUUUGUAGAGCACAGCUGUGAUGCCAUGACAGUUUCUCUCUCUUGCUGAGCUGUUUGUUUGUCUGUAUCAGCACUGAUUAUAGUUGAGAUUAAGUUGGGAUAAAACAAUUCAGGUCAUUCUGAUCAGAGGAUGAAAUUAUUAAGACAAUUUUCUUGGUGCUAUCAACUGAAGGGAGUUUUCUGGCAUGCAUUACAUCUGUGCCUCUGAAAAUGUUUGUGUUUGUAUGUGUAGAAUCUAACCAUUGUUUUAAUAAAGAAAAUAUGAUUUGCUGUUAUGUUAGUCCUUCUUCAUCCGGGAGUUUGGUGGAUGAUAUCCCCCAUCUGCUCUGAUUGGAGGAGUGAGGAACUGACACUUAUAGAGUAGCAUUAUUAUCCACAUGCCUUCCUCUCCCCAUCCUUGCUUUUAAUCUCGAAACUGCAUCUAAAUGUUUGUCUCCUUCUUUCAAGGGUUACCAAAGGUGUUCGGAAGGACAAAUGAGACCGGUUUAU